CUGUCUCAAUAUGUCUCAAGAUGGCGGCCAAUGUGGGAUCGAUGUUUCAAUAUUGGAAGCGCUUUGAUUUACAGCAGCUGCAGAGAGAGCUCGAUACCACAGCAACAAUAUUGGCGAACCGGCAAGAUGAAAGUGAGCAGUCCAGGAAAAAACUUAUUGAGCAAAGUCGUGAGUUCAAGAAAAACACUCCAGAGGACCUGCGCAAACAGGUAGCUCCACUACUGAAGAGUUUCCAGGGAGAGAUUGAUGCAUUGGGUAAACGAAGCAAAGAAGCAGAGGCAGCCUUCUUGAAUGUUUAUAAGAGAUUAAUUGAUGUUCCAGAUCCGGUUCCAGCCUUGGAUUUAGGACAGCAGCUUCAGCUGAAGGUUCAACGCAUGCACGAUAUUGAAACAGAAAACCAGAAACUUAGGGAAACUCUGGAGGAAUACAAUAAGGAAUUUGCCGAGGUGAAAAAUCAGGAGGUUACAAUAAAAGCACUUAAGGAGAAAAUCCGAGAAUAUGAACAGACCCUGAAGAACCAAGCAGAGAACAUAGCCCUUGAAAAGGAACAAAAGUUACAAAAUGAUUUUGCAGAGAAGGAGAGAAAAUUGCAGGAGACCCAGAUGUCAACAGCCUCGAAGCUGGAGGAAGCAGAACACAAAGUUCAAGCUUUGCAAACAGCCUUGGAAAAAACCAGGACAGAACUAUUUGAUCUGAAAACAAAAUAUGAUGAAGAAACUACUGCAAAGGCUGAUGAAAUUGAGAUGAUCAUGACAGACCUUGAAAGAGCGAAUCAGAGGGCAGAGGUGGCUCAGAGAGAGGCAGAGACCUUAAGGGAGCAGCUCUCAUCAGCUAACAAAUCUCUCCAACUUGCUACGCAGAUCCAGAAGGCACCUGAUGUGGAGCAGGCCAUCGAGGUGCUGACUCGCUCCAGCCUGGAAGUGGAGCUGGCGGCGAAGGAGCGCGAGAUCGCCCAGCUCGUGGAGGAUGUGCAGAGGCUCCAGGGCAGCCUCACCAAGCUGAGGGAGAACUCCAGCAGCCAGAUCUCCCAGCUGGAGCAGCAGCUGACAGCCAAGAACAGCACACUCAAACAACUGGAAGAAAAACUGAAAGGACAGGCUGAUUAUGAAGAGGUUAAGAAAGAAUUAAAUAUAUUGAAAUCCAUGGAGUUUGCACCAUCUGAAAGCUCUGGUGCACAGGAUGCAUCCAAGCCGCUGGAGGUGCUGCUGCUGGAGAAGAACCGCUCGCUGCAGUCGGAGAACGCCACGCUGCGCAUCACCAACAGCGACCUGAGCGGGUCAGCCAGGAGAAAAGGGAAAGACCAGCCUGAGAGUCAGCGUCCUGCAACCUUGCCGGCCUCCCCUCCUUCCCAGUUGCUCCGCAACGCGGGGGAGCAGGCUUCCAAUACUAAUGGUACACACCAGUUCUCACCAACGGGUUUAAGUCAAGACUUUUUCAGCUCAUCCCUGGCGAGCCCCAGCUUACCCCUGGCCUCCACAGGAAAAUUUGCACUAAACUCUCUCCUCCAGCGACAGCUAAUGCAGUCCUUCUACUCCAAGGCAAUGCAGGAAGCAGGAAGCACAAGCAUGAUUUUUCCAACAGGUCCAUACAGCACAAACUCCAUAUCUUCCCAAAGUCCAUUACAACAAAGCCCGGAUGUAAAUGGCAUGGCCCCAUCUCCCAGCCAGUCAGAAAGUGCUGGGAGCAUCUCUGAAGGAGAGGAGAUAGACACGGCCGAAAUUGCACGUCAGGUGAAAGAGCAGUUGAUCAAGCACAAUAUUGGACAGCGGAUAUUUGGACAUUAUGUGUUGGGACUGUCUCAAGGGUCUGUGAGUGAGAUCCUGGCCCGGCCAAAGCCAUGGAAUAAACUGACUGUGAGAGGCAAGGAGCCAUUUCAUAAGAUGAAGCAGUUCCUGUCGGACGAGCAGAACAUCCUGGCUCUUCGCAGCAUCCAGGGCAGACAAAGAGAGAAUCCAGGCCAGAACCUGAACAGACUAUUUCAGGAAGUACCGAAACGAAGAAAUGGGUCUGAAGGUAACAUAACCACACGAAUCCGAACCACAGAGUCUGGCUCUGAUGAAGCCAUCAAAUCCAUUCUUGAACAAGCCAAAAGGGAGCUGCAAGUACAGAAAACAGCUGAGCCGGCUCAGCCGCCUUCUGCCUCUAGCAGUGGCAAUUCUGAUGAUGCAAUUCGAUCCAUUCUGCAACAAGCCCGACGGGAAAUGGAGGCACAGCAGGCUGCCCUUGAACCUGCCUUAAAAACACCACCUCUAUCUCAAGCUGACAUUUCUAUCCUGUCCCCCAAACUAGUGUCUACACCUGCAAUGUCUUCGGUUUCCAGCUAUUCUCCUUUGGCCAUAUCCCUGAAGAAACAUUCAUCUGUCACUGAUUCCAGUAUCUCUGCAUUGCAGAACCUCUCUGGGCUCAAAAAGGAGCCUCAGGAGGCACCUGUUUUAGAGCUUCAUGGAAUAAGUGAUUCUGCCCAGGGUAUGUUGAGGCAUGUUAAAAAUGAGUUGGGACGUGGUGGUGUUUGGAAGGACCAUUGGUGGAAUACUGUGCAGCAUGAGAGAAGAAAUGCAGCUCUUCCCGAAGAUAUAAAAGUUGAGGAAGCCAGUGGUGGAAAAGAAAAGGUCAGCAAUCAGACUAGGCCAGAUCGUAGCCAGCUCCAAGGACCGUCUUCUUCCGAGUAUUGGAAAGAGUGGCCAAACGCGGAAUCUCCGUACUCGCAGAGUUCUGAAUUGAGCAUGACUGGGGCGAGUCGCAGUGAGACACCACAGAAUAGCCCCCUCCCUUCAUCCCCUAUCGUGUCCUUGUCCAAGCCAUCCAAACCUUCGGUUCCUCCACUGACACCCGAGCAGUAUGAGAUUUAUAUGUACCAGGAGGUGGAUACGAUAGAGCUAACGCGGCAGGUCAAGGAAAAGCUAGCAAAGAAUGGCAUCUGCCAAAGGAUCUUUGGGGAAAAGGUAUUGGGGCUGUCCCAAGGAAGUGUCAGUGACAUGCUCUCCAGGCCAAAGCCAUGGAGCAAAUUGACCCAAAAAGGCCGAGAACCAUUUAUUCGUAUGCAGCUCUGGUUGAAUGGUGAGCUGGGACAGUGUGUCCUGCCCGCACAAGGGCAGCAACAAGGACAAGUCCUUCACUCUGUGACAUCAUUACAGGAUUCCCUACAGCAGGGAUGUGCAAGCUCAGAAAGUACUCCAAAGACUUCUGCCAGUUGCAGUCCUGCUCCUGAAUCUCCCAUGAGUUCCAGUGAAUCAGUGAAAAGCCUGACUGAGUUGGUACAGCAGCCCUGUCCUGCCAUAGAGACGAGUAAGGAUGGCAAAUCCCAGGAAUCCAGCGAGCCACCUGCAUCUGAAUCCCAAUCCGCCACCCCUCUGCCACUCUCAGGCCACUCAGCACUCAGCAUCCAGGAGCUGGUGGCCAUGUCCCCUGAGCUGGACACCUAUGGCAUCACCAAGAGGGUCAAGGAAGUGCUCACGGACAACAAUCUUGGUCAGCGUUUGUUCGGGGAGACAAUCCUGGGGCUGACACAAGGCUCUGUCUCAGACCUGCUGGCUCGCCCCAAGCCCUGGCACAAGCUGAGUCUGAAGGGAAGGGAGCCCUUUGUCCGCAUGCAGCUGUGGCUCAACGAUCCCAACAACGUGGAGAAGCUGAUGGAUAUGAAGCGCAUGGAGAAAAAAGCCUACAUGAAGCGGCGGCACAGCUCGGUCAGCGACAGCCAGUCCUGCGAGUCCUCGUCCGCUGGCAUCGACUACAGCCAGGGCGCCAGCCCCCAGCCCCAGCACCAGCUCAAGAAGCCCAGGGUGGUGCUGGCACCAGAGGAGAAAGAAGCUCUCAAACGAGCCUACCAGCAAAAGCCAUACCCAUCACCAAAAACCAUUGAGGAACUCGCCACGCAGCUCAACUUGAAAACCAGCACCGUGAUCAACUGGUUCCACAAUUACAGGUCCCGCAUCCGCCGGGAGCUGUUCAUCGAGGAGAUCCAGGCCGGGAGCCAGAGCCAGGCGGGGUCCAGCGACUCGCCUUCGGCCAGGAGCAGCAGGGCGGCGCCCAGCUCCGAGGGGGACAGCUGCGACGGCGUGGACGCCGAGGGCCCUCCCGACGGCAAGGCCAGCGGCCCCGAGGCGGACGAGUUGAGCAGCGCGGCCGCCAAGUCUCAGGGAGGGCCGCCGAGCCGGCUUCGGAGGCCCGCGGAGCCGGCUUCGGAGGCGGGGGAAGAGGCACUGCGAGGGGCCAGGCCCUCGGAGAGAGCGGAGCCCGAGAGCCUGGAGGACACCGACGACGAGGGCCGGCCGCGCCAGAGCUCCCCGCCGCGCCCGGGAGACGCUCCGGAGACACUGCCAAACUCUGCCACGGAAGGGGAUGCCUCUACCUCAGCUGCCUCCACCUCAGUCCUUACGGGGGAGAGCUCCUACAAGUCAAAAGAAAGUUCGGAGAAAAGCUCCAGUGUGCCAAGUACGAGCUCGACGCCGGCCGCAGGCUCGCAGAAAACCAACUCUCUGCAGAGCUUGUUCGGCUUCUCGGAGGCGGCGAGCUCCAGGAACACGCGAGACAGCUCCCUGAGGAAAAAGAAAGCGGCCAACUUGAACAACAUCAUCCACCGCUUGGAGAAGGCCGCCAGUCGGGAAGAGGCCGUGGAGUGGGAGUUUUGAGAUUAAACUGGCCCAACUCGGGAGAGCUGGGAAGUCAAACUGGACCUCUACUGGUUUUAUCGUGUUCGCACUUAACCGCCCUGCGGGCCACAGG